AUGGCCAAGAAGGUCAUAUCCAAAGAAGAAUGGAACGCCCGUCUUGCCGAGGUUCAAGUUGACCGCGACGACUUGAAUAAGUUGAUUAUGAACUAUCUGAUCAUCGAAGGAUACAAAGAUGCGGCGGAAAAAUUCAGUCAGGAAAGUGGAGCCAAGCCGCCUGUGAACCUGGAGUCGAUUCAGAACCGCAUGGUCGUACGAACCGCCAUCCAACGUGGCCACAUUGAAGAAGCCAUUGAGCGUGUCAAUGACCUCAAUCCCGAGAUCUUGGAUACCAACCCAAAACUGUUCUUUCAUCUGCAACAACAACGUCUGAUCGAGUAUAUUCGCGAGGGACGGGUCAUGGAAGCGCUCGAGUUUGCGCAGGAGGAAUUGGCGCCACGUGGUGAAGAAAACCCCGAGUUCUUGUCGGAAUUAGAACGCACAAUGUCGCUGCUGGCGUUUGACUUGAACGGCCCUUCACCAGUGAGCGAUCUGUUGACACCUGCACAGAGACAGAAGCUGGCGUCUGAACUCAAUUCUGCCCUUCUUCUCUCCCAAUCACAAGAGAAGGAUCCCAAGUUGCCUGCGUUGUUAAAGAUGUGUUGGUGGGCUCAGCAACAGCUCGAUGAACGGUGCACGUACCCAAAGAUCAAAGAUUUCAAUAAGGCGGAGCUGGUCAUGGAACCCAUGGGUGCUGUUGGCGGGGGCUCUCAGGGAUCGAGCUCCAGUGCUGUGGCCGGAGCCUAA